GCCUGUUCCGCGUGGAGCCCGGGUUUCGGAUCCCGGACACAAGAGGCGGAAGGAUGUCUCGACUGUACUGACUAGGUGCGGGUCUGAGGUUCGAUGUGAGCGCGGCUGCGGUGGGGGUUUCCCGCCCGUCUCCGCCUUUAGCACACGUCUCCUGGCCGGGUUGAACCCGCAGGGUCCUAUGGCGACGGCCGGGCUAACGUACCUGGCUCAGGGCCACAGGACAUUUGAGGACGUGGCUGUGUACUUCUCUCAGGAGGAGUGGGGGCUCCUGGGCGAGGUUCAGAGACACCUGUACCAUGAUGUGAUGCUGGAGAAUUUGGCCCUUAUAGCCUUGCUGGGUUUCUGUGGCUGAAGAAAUGCUCAUGAGGCCAACACAGGACAGUGUGACAUUUGAAGACGUGGCCAUGUACUUCUCUUGGGAGGAAUGGGGUCUCCUCGAUGAGGCUCAGAGAUGGCUAUUCCACAAUGUGAUGCUGGAGAACUUUGCACUUGUGACCUCCCUGGGUUGUUGGCAUGGAGCAGGGGAUGGGGAGGCACCUUCUGAGCAGAGCGCUUUUGUAGGAGCGUCGCAGGUUAGGACUCACCAGGCAAGCCCAGAUCCCCAGAAGGCACACCCCUGUGAGAUAUGCGGUCUGGUCCUGAAAGACAUUUUGGGUGUGGCUCUGCAUCAGAGAACACAUCCCCAGCUGAGACCUGGCACAUGUGGGAGACGGACCAGUUUCAUUGCAAACCUUCACCAGCACGGGAAGCAGCACAGUGUAGAGAAACCCCUGAAAAGGGCUUCACUUGUGAAGAGCUGCAGGUUCCAUGUGCCAGGGGAGUCCUUCACCUGUGGGGAGGUCGACAAGGACUUCCUCACUGGUUCAGGCGAGCACCAGCACCAGGCCAGUCGUGAUGGACAGAAAGCUCACAGUAGCACCAUGUGUGGGGAAGCUGUUCACAGUGGGAAAAGCCAUCACAAUUGGUGUGAAGGCAAGAAAGCCUUCAGCCACAAAUACUCUCUUGCUCAACACCAGAGUGUCCAUGCCCAAGAAAAGCCUUACAAAUGCAGUGAAUGUGGGAAAUCCUUCACCCGAAGGUUUAACCUCUUGCAGCAUCAGAAAGUCCACACUGGAGAAAUGCCCUAUAAAUGUAAUGAAUGUGGAAAAUUCUUCACCAAUAUCUUCGGUUUCAUUCAGCACCAAAGAACUCACACUGGGGAAAAGCCUUACAAGUGCAGCAGAUGUGGAAAAUUCUUUGGCCAAAAGUCUACCCUUACUGUACAUGAGAGAAUUCACACUGGAGAAAAGCCUUAUGGGUGCAGUGAAUGUGGGAAAUUCUUUAGACAUAGCUCCAGCCUCAUUAAACAUCAGAGAGUUCACACUGGAGUGAGGCCUUAUAAGUGUGGUGAAUGUGGAAAAUGUUUUACUGACAACUCCUGCCUCAUUAAACACCGUAGAAUUCACACUGGAGAAAGGCCUUAUGAGUGCAAGGAGUGUGGGAAACUUUUUAGCCAAAGUUUUGGACUCACUCAACACCAGAGAGUUCACACUAGAGAAAGACGUUAUGAGUGCAGGAUAUGUGGGAAAUCCUUAACCCGCAAGUCCUACCUCAUUCAACACAACAGAGUUCACGCUAGAGACAGGGCUCCCGAGUGCAGGGAUCAUGGGGAAUUCUUCAGUGACACCUGGUUUGCUCAACACCAAAAAAUAAACAUCCGAGAACGGCCUCAUGAGUACGACAAAUGCGCAAAAGGUUUCAGCCGAAGGCCUAACCUCAUUCACCACCACACAGGAAGUCUAUACAUGCAGCAAAUGUGGGAAAGUCUUCAGUCAGCGGCCUGCUCUGAUUGAGCACCGGAAUGUUCACAGUGCAGGUGGGUUUUAUGAGUGCACUGAAUGUGAGAAAGCCUUCAGCCAGAGAUGUGACCUCAUUUGACACAAAAAAGUCUACACUGAAGAAAGACCUCAUUGAGUGCAGUGAAUGUGGGAAAGCCUUCAGCCAAAAGUCUCCCCUCAUCAGGCACCGGGAAGUUCACACAGAGCAAAGCCAUGGCCGUGUAGGGAACAAGCUGUUUACCUGUUUGAUAUAAAGACAUUGGAGGAGAGCCUUCAUGAAGGAGACAUCUUCCUGAAGUUGAACUCCUGCAUCUUAAAACACCACAGGGAAGAUUCCCUGUAUAUUCCAGGUAUGUGGGAAGCUUCCAGGAGCCACUCUUCCUAACCUGGGUGGGGCCCUUGCCGAGAUUGUGUCACUGCCAGUUUCUGUGGUGUAAGUCCUCUGAACUCUACUGUCUGAAAUGCCCAGGCUCCCGUGGUAUUUACGGAAGUAGACCUCUGAUUUCUCUGGAGAAAAUGAGCAACUUGAGCCUUUAGGGGGACAUCAUUACCUUCUCUUUAAUUCGUCACAUUCUUGACCCAGUUUUCUCCCAAAAGACCUUAUUUGUGUUCUGUUGGUGACUUGAAGAGGAAAUUUGUCUUCAUGGACAUUGUUUUCAUGACACUUGUGAUGGAUUUUCCAGUCUCCAUGUCACCAACCUGUACACAGGUUUACCUUGCUAUGGUUUGUGCAGUAAAAAAGGCCUUAUUGUUCAAGCCACCUUUUGUCUUGGGGAUUGUAUUCACUAACAGGUGCUUUGAAAACACGCAGGGGUGAACAGCUUGUUGUGGGAGUCCCAAACUUUGGUGCGCCUCAGAAGAGACCAUGUAAUGGCAGAAGACGGCUCUUCAGUUCGGGCCUAGUUCGCACUGUUGCCCGUGGCCUCCAAGGAAAGACUGUAGGCUUUGUACAACUGAUUGGCAGCCUGAAUGCCAAGGUCUUUUUCCAGGCCCAGAAGUCACGCUGACGAGCAGGCACUGGUGACAGUAUCCGGUGCUUCCGGGACUAGUUUCUUUGCUUAUGGCGCAUAUUCUGUGAUGACCGCAUGGUGAAGAGGAGUUGUCUUCCCCAGGUCCUUCAGAGGAGCCACGUGCCCUGAUGUCUAGAGUUUUGUAAAGUAGUGUCACUGAUCUUAAAGCUGUAGGGCCCAGGGAAUACUGUCAUUGGUGCACAGACAUUGCGUUGACAGAGAGAGGUAGAGCCUGCAACGAACAGGUGGACCGUGCCUCUUCUAAAAGUGUACCCAUAGCUACUGCAGUGACUGUGGCUUGGCUGUGUUGGGUGGGCACAUACCUUCGGGCCUGUGUGUCUUGAGUAGCUGAGGUCAUUUGCAUAGAAAAUAAAGGUUUUGUGGAUUCUUGUGGCUUUCUGGGCUGUUGACCUUAGAAGACUUACUACACAUGCAGGAGAACAAGCAUAGGGACGGGAGAUCUCACAGUCCAGUGGUACGGCCUCUGUGACUAAGGCGGAAACAUCCUUCAUUGCUCAACAGUAUUUGCUAUUCCUGAGGUAAGGCAUUCCUCCUAAAGCCUUACCAGAGAAUGAUGGAUGGGGUGCCUGGGUGGCUCAGUCAGUUAAGCAUCUGACACUUGAUUUCAGCUCAGGUUAUGAUCUCACAGUUCAUGAGUUUGAGCACCAUGUCGGGCUCUGCUGUAACAGAGCAAAGCCUGCUUGGGAUUCUCUCUUUCUCUCUCUCUCUGCCCUUCCCCCAUGGUUGCUCGCUCUCUCAAAUAUAACAUUUAAAAAAAAAAAAAAAGAGGAGGUGAUGGAGAUAGUAGAGGGUUGACAAACCUGAUUUUUUAUGAAGAGGGGGAGAUCCAUACUUUAUUUUGAAUGAUUGCUUAACCAUUAAGUUAUUGCACAUGAAGUAAAUUGCACGUAUUUAAUGUGUAUAAAUUGGUAUUUUGUAUAAAUAAGUUUUUGACGGGGCGCCGGAGUGGCUCAGUCGGUUAAGCCUCCGGCUUCCGCUCAGGUCACGAUCUCAUGGUUCAUGAGUUCAAGCUCUGCGUCAGGCUCUGUGCUGACAGCUCAGAGCCUGGAGCCUGCUUCAAAUUCUGUGUCUCCCUCACUCUCUGCGCCUCCCCUGCUCAUGCUCUGUCUCUCUUUCUCUCUCCAGAAUAAAUAAACAUUUAAAAAAAUAAUAAAUGAAAAAUAAAUAAAUAAGUUUUUGACAAGUAUAAGCCAUGAAAUCAUCGUAAUUGUGAUAAUAAACAUAAGUCCCACACAUAUUUAACUCCUGCUUGUUAUUAAUCUCUUUCCCUGCCCUCUCUGGCUCUCUGGGCAAACCUGAAUUUACUUUCCUUUACAAUAGACUAUAUUUUCUAGAAUUCUAGAUGAUUGGGAUUUUUCUGGUUUCAUAUAUGCUGCAUAAUUAGAGAUUCAAAAAAAUAGUUUGUUCUUUCACUGCUGAGUAGUAUUCUCUGGUGUGAAUCUACUGCUGUCUGACGUUCUGUUCCUCUGUUAAUUGACAUCUGGGUUUCCAGGUUUGGGCUGUUACAAAUAAAGCUGCUAUGAAAAUUCACGUAUAAAUCUUUAUACAGAUACAUGUUUCAUUUCUCUUGUGUUAGUUCCUCUGAGUGCAAUGCUUGAAGCAUAGGGUAGGUAAAUGUUUAACUUUUUAAGAAAUUGCCAAACUGAUGUGAAAUGGUUAUUUCUUUUCAUAUUUCCUACCAUCAGUGUAUGAGAGUUUCACUACCUUCCUGGUUCCUGUGAGGCAUGGAAAUUUCCACUUAAUCUUUCCCUCCCUAGGGUUCAUUUGCAAGAAUGUAAAACCACUCAGAUCCAGGCUUGAAUCGGCUCCUCAGCAACAGUACCACUACACAUGCUGCCUAUAAUCUGGUCCCUUUGGUUUGGUGGUGUCCUAUGUGACAAGCAUAGCAGGAGGUGACAGAAUGUUUGCCAGCUUUCCUACGCUAUCUAUGUGAGGAGUAAUCUUUCUCAAUGCAUUUGGCCUUGUGGUUUCCUUACUAGACAAGGCUAUGGCAGAUUGGCAAGCAAAACCUAGCAGCUGCUACUGCAGAAAGAUUACUUGACUGUUGGACACCCCCCUUUUCAUUACCUGACUUCCUGGUUUCUUCAUAUCUAGUGAAGAAGGCAUUGUUCGGCCUUACCUUUCAAAAUGACUUGUAACCAAAACCAUUGUAAAAGGGGCUACCUAUAACACUGGAAAAAAC